AUGAUUAUAAAUGCAGAAUAUAAUAUCGUUACAGGUUUCUUGUUGGUAAAUUUCGUCAUUUGCCAGACCAGUGACCCCGUUGCCGCUCAGAACCUAUCAACAAUAGCGCAAAAUGUAACGUUGUCGGGAAUCUAUGAGGAGACACUCGAUCGAAUGCCACCCGAGAUACAAAUUCCGUCGGCUGUUGCCGUGAUCAUUCUAAGUUGUGUAGCCAUUGUGGGGAACGUACUGACAAUAAUUGCAUAUAUAACAGACGAUCGACUGAGGACAGUGUAUAACAUUUAUAUUCUAAACCUUGCCAUCACUGAUCUCUGUAUUGCGUGUAUAAGUAUUCCAUUGUACGUCGUUUAUUAUCUUAAUGGCGGCUGGGAUUUUGGACGCGUGCUUUGCAAGAUAUGGCUUGCAGCUGAUUUUACCUUUUGUCUGGAAACUGUGCUGAUGAUAACAAUUAUAAGUAUUGAUCGAUUGCUGUAUAUUAGACUUGGUAUACAGUAUAUAACAAAAAUAACGCCGCGAGUCGCGAAAAUCAACAUACUCGUAUCAUGGAUACUCGCAUCACUUCUAUACGCCCCAGCUAUCUUAUGGUGGGAUAACUGGGUGGGAUAUUCAUCUGUUCCCUAUAAUGAAUGUCACGUGGAAUUUGCUUAUGACUUCGGUUUUACUAUUACAACGGCUGUUAUAGAGUUUUUCGUACCUUCUCUUGCUUUAGUUAUCAUAAACGGACUUAUCUAUAAAGAUAUCAGAGCGAUUAUAAAACGCCGGAAGAGAGUUGCUCCCAAAUCACCCGAAUAUGGAAGUAACGACGCUACUGUCGGACCAAGUGGAAGUCACGUGUCGCAUUGGUCCUACAAUUCCCGGACAAUUAGAAAAAAGCCUUUUCGGCAUCGUCAUUCAUAUAGCUUUCAGCAGACAGAAGGUACACCAAUAGUAAAUCCAACCGACAAACGUCUCCGGCUAGCGUCCCUUCCAGAAAAUUUUCACUUAAGACAUAUAGGCGAUAGCUGGUGCCAAAGGAAUAAAAACAAAGCUUUACAGACAAGAACACAAAACAGAAAUUUUCUAAAAGCAGCCCGCAAUCUUGCAUUUUUGGUGGCAGUUUUCUUUAUAUUUUGGGCACCGUACACGAUUCUGACAGUUGUUUUAUCGUUCUGCGGACAGGCCUGUAUAAAUGCCAUUGUGUAUGAAUUCUUAUAUUGGUGGUUGUGGGUAAAAUCCGCCGUUAAUCCGUUCCUGUAUGCGUACAGUAACUCAAAAUACAGAGAAAACUAUCACAAAUGUUUAACGUGUAAAUGUUUUAACGAAGCUUGAUGAAUUGUUUUCAUAUCCGUCUGUAUAACAAAGUAUUACGUUCGCAAUAGUGAGAUAAUACAUGUAUAUCAUUUGUAUGCGAGUUGUUUAACAGUGUAUUUUGAUUGAUCGUCAGAUUGGCUGACCAGAACUGUAACCAUAACUUUCAAAUCGGAUCGUUUACUUGUUUUGCUGAUACCAAGAUAACUGUAUAUCAAUAAACAAUCUGCUGUUCGCUAGAGUUAUUGUUAACAGUGAAUAGCAUGAUUAUCAACAGUAAAUAGCAUUGAAGUUAU